AUGUCCUCCCUAGACUCUGCAAUACGUCUACUUGCUGACAGGAAAUAUCAUCAGUGUUUCCGGCUGGCCGCGACCGAUAAACAUGAAGAACUGCGCGUAACAUUCGCAACGAGCACCAAUUUUGACGACAAUGUGCUACCAGUGGUACUAUUUGUCGGUCCCAUGUUCGGCAGCAGAUACUUCUGCACGGAUUAUAACAAGCUCGCGAUAUCAAGUAAAAUCAGGUUCAUUUGCGUUGAUCGACCCGGUUUCGGAGGCUCAUCAAACGUACCCAUCGAAGAUCGAGUCAACAUUUGGCUCGAAACUGUGCCGCAACUCCUCAAGCAUCUGAACGUCAACUACGUUUCGCUUAUUUCGCAUAGCGCGGGAACGAUCUAUCUACUGAAUACCUUGUACCAUCUUCGACAUAUCCUUGAUCCCAAGAGACCCUACGUGGCACUCCUCGCACCAUGGGUUUCGCAAGAACAUUCCGGAGUUACAAUGUUGAGUCUUGCUUCUAAGCUUCCCAAUGCUGCUUUCUCUGGCUGGUCAGGGCUCGUGGGGUUCAUUAAUAGGACUUUGGUUCCAGCUGGUUCGUGGUCUGGCGGGAUUAUUUCUUCGAGUGCUAGUCUUUUCCAGUCUUCGCCUAGUGAGGCUGAGGUUACUUCCGAGGAGACUGCUCAGGCUAGGUGGGGAACUGACGCUGCUACUGUUGCUGCGAUAGACGGGCUGCAAGCCAAGUAUUGUUGGGCUGAGUGUAUGAGUGGUGCGAAUGAUGAGGCUAGACUUUGUUUGGGUGGAGGCAAGGGACUUUGGGGCGUUUGCGAGGACUACAGCGAGUAUGUCCGAAAGUUCUGUGCGGCGGAACGACAGAGGAGUGAUGCAGAUCGCUUGCUGGAGCUACAUGUUGUCUUUGCAACGUCUGAUAUCAUGAUCGGCACUGGCGGUAAGGCGUAUUUUGAAGAAGUUUGGGGUCAAGACUGCGUGGCAGGAUGUGUCGAUGUGAAGAUGGUGCAGGCACCUGGCACGAAUCACGAGACUGUGUUGAAUUUUGAAAAAGGGCUGAUGCACAAGAUAUUCAAGGACAUAGGGGGCAAUGCAGCCUAG